ACCCUGUCAGGGAGCGUUUCAGCGGCCUGUGACAGCAGCCGGGCCCCCAUGGCCGGGCACUGAGCCCUCUGCAUCCUCCCUGCCUUCAGGGCUGGCCUCGGCGCCGCUCCACCAGGGAAACGCCAGCCCAGGAGCUGCAGGAAGAUGACGGGCCUGCCUGCCUCCCCAGCGGCAUUGAGGACGUGGCUGGGGCUCGGGCUCUUCGUGCUGCUCUGCCUUGGGAUAGGCCAAGCACUGGAGAAGAAAGUAGUCAGAAGCAAAGUGGGGGAAAAGGUCAGCCUGCCUUGUUGUCAUGAGAUCCCCAGCUCAGAAAGCCUACACAAGUACCGGGUCUACUGGCAGAAGAACAUUACGGACGUGGUGCUGGCCUACUCGGAGGGGAGUAAGAUCUUCCAGCACGAGCGCUACCAGAACCGGACAGAGAUGGACCCCUGGAACCUCACCCUGUGGAUCUCCCCCAUGGAAAUCCUGGACAAUGGCUCUUACCAAUGCGUGGUUCAGCGCAACUCAGUCCUCGUGUGUAGCGAGUCCGUCAUCCUCUUUGUGACAGCUGACUUCAGCACUCCCAACAUAACGGCAGAAGUGUCCGCCGAGUCUUGCGACUCGACUGAGAUGGUGAUAACGUGUUCUUCUCACGGAGGGUUCCCCAAGCCCAAAAUCUCUGGAGCCCUCAACAACAUGUCUGUGGAGUGGAAUGCCAGCUGGGUGUCUGAGUCCAGCUUCAGCCCCUACAGUGUCACUGGAAAACUGGUGCUCAACGUGACCAAAGACGUCAACAUCUCUUGCUCCGUUGAAUACAGCGGCUUUGCCAAGUCCACCAGUUUGCUUCUGAAAAAAACAAAGAACUGCGUUGUUCCUCCUGUGCCUCCACCUUAUAAUGUCAUUACUGCUUCAAUUAUCAUCCUUAUCACCUUCAUUCUGGCUAUCACCCUGGCAGCAAGAUACCUCCCAAGGCAUGUUUGUUCUCAGUGUUGCAAGCGCCAGGAUUCGGCGGAAGAGGGUGUGAAAGAAUGCACAAAGGCACCCAUGAGCUCUAAAAUGACAUCUGAAACCUCAUCUGUAUGACCAGAUAGCAUUUGCAGGUUCUUCACGCUGUGCAUCCCGCACUGCAGACUCCACUGUUGGCUGUACAGCGACGCUUGCUGCACGGCCCCUUUGGCUCUCUGCAAGGGGGUGGCAGCAGGAGAAAACUCCGCUCCCCACGGCUGAAACUCGACCUCCUGUGGACCGAUGCAAACCCCCGGCCACGCCACGGGAGCUGUGCCGUGGCCUCGUCACAAGGAGGUCGCUGGGAUUCCAGGACCCUCCGUGUUCCUGCAGCGGGGCAGAAGGAUGUCACCGGUGGCACGCCACGUCAAGACUUCAGCGACCUCUGGCUUGAUGCUGCCUCUGUGAGAAUCAGGGGCCUGCAGAGCCCUAGCAGGGUGCCCAUGCCCUCCUACCCCUUCAGAAACACGGAGCUGCCCUUUGGGACACCCCAAAUCCUGACAUGGAACCUCGUCAGUUUGUGCCUCCAUGUUGCGAGUGGGAGCAGCCAAAACUUCUUUUAUAUUCAGCCUUACACAAGUAUCUGUUCUUCCUGCUGGAGGACUUUGGAUUUGGACUCAACCAUUACAGAUACACAUCCCUUCUCCCCUGAAGAGGAAACAGUGGACACAUUUUUCAUGAAAAAAAGACACUUUGGAAGUGAGUCUAUGUGCCUCAUGCUUAUUUGCAGCGCUACGAGACUUUUUAGGGAACGAUACACACUGACAGCACUCCUAAGAGUUAAUUAAUCUUGCUUACCUACUGCAGUGGCACAAGUUCUCAUAACCUUUCUCUCCUGAAAGGACAGCCUUGCCAUCCCAAGCACCGAGCCACAGCUCCUCCAUUCAGCUGCUGUGUGAGGGCACACAGGGCCAAGCUUCCACGUGCAUUCCUUCCCAGCCACACCUGUACAGCCCCGUUGGAACUUGUGUGACAGCCACUGGUGAUCUCGUGUGUAUCUGCUGUAAUCAAGUGUAACUUGGGGCCUUGCUUCAUAAACAUGGGUCUGCUUCUGUGUGUACAUCUGCCACGGGAUACUCGUUAGGGAAAGCUCUGCAGAUUUUUGGGAGUUUCUCACAGCAACGUGAGGAUAUUUACUUUGCACUGAACAUUGCUGCUUUCUGCCAGUGUUCUCUCUACCCAGCCAGGACUAGAAGGAAUUUCCCUACAGGAUGCUAACAUUGAACAGGACUCAUCUGAUCCAGGUGACAUUCUUGCCUACUGUGUAGGAAAAAAUGGCUUCUCAUUUUGAGGGGAAAGGAGGAAAAUUCCCCAACCCCCAAUAAGCUUCCUAAGCAACUCUACCCUGAGUUUGACUGGAAUGUUUUUCCCUUUUGCUCUGCAAGCUGUACCCAUUCCCUCACUGUUCUAUCCACAUUAUCAGGGCAAACCAAAGUCUGAAAGCACAGUGCCAUCCUCUUUGUGGAAUAUGUUGUUACUUGAGCUGCUUAUCUUCCUAGGACACAGCAAAGACAUAGUCCAUCCAUUUCACUUUUUUCCUAGUUGGUACAUAUUGAGAAAUUGCUGGAGAAAAUAGGAGGAUUAAACGUGGUUUAUAGGAUACUGAGCUCUGAGAUUAAGUAAAAAAUAAGACAAUGCUCCCUUCCUACUCCUGCAGUCACGCUGUGCCAUCACCUUUUUACUGCCUUCCCAUUGUAUCAAGUGCAAUGGGAACUUCAGAACAUUCUUACAGAGGAGUUUUAGACAGAGAAAAGGAGGUAAGCCGGAGGUUAAGGAAGCAAUUGCACUUGUGUGUUCUGGUUGCAAACAGAACACAAGUGACAGAAAUCAGGGCGUUUUCAAAAGGCAGCCUGACCCUAUUGCAGACUUGGUGCACGAGUGAUGUGUCUCACAGUUUUCAGGUUUCCUGUUCCUUCAGCCUAUGCUUGCUCCAGCACAAACCACCAGCUCCUUGCAGGCUCACCACCCUCUCUUGGAGUGAGCUUCCAACUUUGCUGAUUUCCAACAGUGUUCUUCCCUACGACCACACUGCAGCUGCACCUUGCCAGCCACACCACAGCUCUGCCAGUUGUACCAGCAUGUUUUCCCUCUCACUAUCCCAUGCUCUCUUCUGCUCCUGACCAGUGAUUGCGCAGCCUCCCGGAGAAGGGUUUGUCUUUUGCUCUGUGCUAAACCUUUCCACAUCAUCACAAACUCCAGUAACACUUCCAGUAACUCCUGCUAAAGGAAUCCAAAAAAUUCACUGAUAAAUACGUCUAGCAUCAGGUUAUUUGGCUCAUUUUUCAUUAAGCACUAAUACUCUGGAUCAUGUUUUCUAUUGCCUUAUGCUGUAUUCAGUGAAUUGCACACAAAUGGUUUCUGUGAGACCUUCUCAGCUUCAUAUCUGUGUCAUUGUAGCAAGUGACCUGCUCUGUUUACCCUGAAUGUUUUGUAUAUAAUGUUGUUUCCUGGGGUUCCUCCUUUAGUUGUAUUAAAAAAUAAAUGGUAAACUCGGUUUCCUUUCCUUAGUAAUAAAAGAUGUCUGUCUAUGCAGUGGGUAGAACCUCUGUUAUUCAUGUUAGCCACCAUUUCACAGCAUCCAGGGAGGUGCAGGUUCACCUGUACCAGGCACAGCUGGCAUCAAGCCACAGCUCUGUCCAGUGUGCUGACAGCAAUGACAAAAUGACACUCAGGCAAUCCAACUUGUGACUUCCACACCCCU